CGCAGAAGCAGUUACCCUCUCGUAUCGUCCCGGGCUCCUCUCAAAAGAUCACAGAGAGAGAAAACGAAACGCCGCUCCCUCGCCUCAUCCCUUCCCUCCUCCUGCAUCCUACCUCCCUGGUGCCCGUCACGUUCACCACGUUCGCCCGCUCAUUCACCGGCGGCGUCGCCCAGCUCGGCCUCCCGCCGCCCACGGAGGCCAGGUCCCCGGGCCGCCCGCUCGGUCCGCCACGGAGGCAAGGAAUUGGUUCUUUUAGUACUUGACAGAAAUAAAUAUAUUCCAGGCAUGGUGGCGUCUUUAGACAAUGUGAGGGGCUUGACUUUAGCCAUGUCAUCUAGUGCAUUCAUUGGUUCUAGCUUUGUGAUCAAGAAAGUUGGAUUGAAGAAGGCUGGGGAUAAUGGGGUGCGUGCAGCUUCUGGAGGCUUCUCAUAUCUAUAUGAGCCGUUAUGGUGGUUGGGAAUGAUAACUAUGAUUCUAGGCGAGGUAGCCAAUUUUGCAGCAUAUGCAUUUGCCCCUGCCGUACUUGUUACUCCUCUAGGAGCUCUAAGCAUCAUAUUUAGUGCAGUGCUCGCACACUUCAUUCUGAAAGAAAAUUUGCACAUGUUUGGCGUUGUUGGUUGCAUACUAUGUGUUGUUGGUUCUGUUGGUAUAGUUUUGCAUGCCCCAAAGGAGAGAAAAAUUGAUUCUAUGAAGGAAAUAUGGCAUCUUGCAACACAGCCAGGUUUUAUUGUUUAUUCAUGCGUGGCAGUGGCCUGCGUUCUUUUUUUGAUAUUUCGGGUUGUUGAGCGCUCUGGGCACAGAUUGAUGCUUGUUUACAUAGCAAUCUGUUCAUUAAUGGGAUCUCUUACGGUUAUCAGUGUAAAAGCAGUUGCUAUUGCUUUAAAGCUAUCAUUUGGUGGAUCAAAUCAAUUCAUCUACGUCCAGACAUGGUUCUUCAUAGUAGUAGUCACUAUUUGCUGCUUGGUGCAAUUAAACUACUUAAACAAGGCUCUGGACUCGUUCAACACGGCUGUGGUUUCUCCUGUAUACUACGUGAUGUUCACCAUUCUUACCAUUGUUGCAAACAUGAUCAUGUACAAGGACUGGGCCUCGCAGACUGCAACGCAGAUCGCAACACAGCUAUGUGGGUUUGUGACCAUUGUCGCGGGGACUUUUCUGCUUCACAAGACUAGGGAUAUGGGAAAUCCACCACCACCACCACCUGACCAAAUGUGCCUGCAAGAAGCCGGGGAAUGUGCUCCACGGUCAAUGACCAGUUCUAGCUGAACACACUAAGAUGUCAAAAUCUCACAGCCUCUAUGGACUGAAUUGGAAUUUUGAGCUAUAUGGUGACCUUUGUAGAUAUAUUAGGAAGGAGUAAAGAUUGGAGUGCCCAGCAGUUGGACAUACCGAUGAAGUUUUACGUUUCUGCAAAAGAAAGAAUGAACUGUAUGAAGGCAUCGGAAUCUUGUGAAGACAUGAGAUUCAAACUAGCUACCUAACUUUGGUAAAUAGCUUGUUAUGCCAUUUUAAAACGAUCAUGAUGCUCAAGAGGCAGGGCGAAUUAGGCUUCUCUAUACUUUUUGUGAUAAUUAAACCCUAGUUACAAAUUUAACUUUACCCGAGUGUCCAAUAUAUGUACAAAAGCUUUAAA